CUGUUCAGAGGUGUGGCUCCAUGCCACAUGUUCAGGCAAUAAAUUGGUUGUAACAGAGCUGCUUCCUGCACUCUGCUGAGUAGAAGUAUUCCAACUGAGACAAUAACUGGCAAAAUAAGGUUACCAGGAUUUCUCAAGUACUUCCGCAAUGCUGCUCCGCUCAGGCCGCCAAAAGCCGUACAAAGUACCUAGCAGGAGAAGGCAAUCUGUUAAAUAUCUACUGAAGACUGGCAAAGCAGCUCCAGAAAAGUCAGGGUUUAGUCUACGAGAAACAGUAAAAUGUUACAUACUGACAGAAGAUUCAAAAACUGUCCAUUUUGACUUAGAUGAACAUGGUCAUCAUGAAAUAUCCACCAAGGAUUCACAAUCCCAUGAAGAUAUCGCAUGGUUAAGCGUGUUCACAAGCAAUGACUCAACAGUUUGUGGUAAGACUCGGAUGACUGAAGUGGAAAGAAAAUUAUCUCAGGAAAGUGCUAAAAAUCUGGUGAUCCUCACGCAGAGAUCAAAGCUUAAUGAAUUUGUCCUGUUGUGCAAGGGUGAAAAGCAGCUCUCUCUAAAGGUCUUAAAAGCACGCUGUUCAAAACCAGAUUAUGCUAAAGUGAAAAGAUGCAACACGAAAAUAUGCAAGCAUGAAGAUCCUGACUUCGAACAGCUGAGUGAAGACAAUCUCUUUUUCAUCAUGCAUUGCCAAGGAGAUUCAGUGAAGUUCCAAUGCUAUGAAGACACAAGUUACUAUCUGCAUGUGAAUGAGGACUCACUUGACAUACGCAAGCCAGAAGACACAGAACCUGAUGGGGAGAAAAAUUUUUACUUCAGGGUGUCAUAUUUGUAGGAAAAGUAAUUUGUCUACCUUUCAGUGGCCUAAGUGUCCAUAAAACUCCUAUAAUAAGCUAACAGAAAAGAUUGAGAUCAUAUAGAACUAAUCUCUAUUUUGCCUUUUUUAUGACUUUUUUUUACCAUCUUGAGUCACAAUUUUCCAUUUUAUGAGUGACAUCCUUUAGUUCUGUUCUGUACAAUAGGAAGAGAAAAUGGUUAAGUUUGGAAAGCAAAGUCUGCUGGUAUUUUAUCUGCACAAUUAUUGUUUUGAGUAGCUGAGUUCUUCCUGAAGGGGAAAAAUAAACAGAGCUUAUCUCAAAAACAGAGAUAUGAGAGGGUAUCACACAUGUGUAUGAAAUAUAAAGCACAGUUAGUUUUCCAUGUUGUAAACAUUUUCCUCUUUUAAACUGUCUCUUAAGAGCUCAUCUGAGCUCAAGAACAAAACAUUCAGAUGUCAUUAAAUGCGUAUGUGCAUGUACACACACACUGAUUUUAGGAAAGGAGUGAAGAGGGUGUCUCAGAUCUGCAGAAAAACAGAGGAACAGAGCUACUAGUUAAACAGAAGAGCUCUUCUACCUCCUCUGUAGCUAACGUAAGAAAAUAUAUUCCAUUAUGCAAUUUAAGCAUCUGUCUAGCACCCUAGCUUUGUAAGAAAACCUAUGUAUAGCCUGAGACUCACAACAUGUUAGGCAAAAGAAGGCAGGCAAACAGGACUGACUGCUCUUAACAAAUGCCUCUGAACAUUGGCAGCAAAAUUACUCUAAUUGACCUACUGGUUUCCAUCUCUGAAUCCUAGAGGGAAACACACUGAAGUGUUCGGCUGCAAAGCAGAGUGCAGGACAACACCUGAACAAUAACUAAAUGUUCAAAAUGACUGAAAAAUCAAAAUAAACUCCAGUGCUUAUCUCAUGUACGUUAGAGGUGUGAUAUGAGUAGCUGCCUUUCAGCAACAGGGUCUGGCAAUGUGAAAUGAAAGAUGGGGACCCUCAGUGUCCAUACCUUAUACCCUACCAGGCACAAAAUAUUUGAAAUACGAGAGGAAACAAACCUAAAUUGUACACAGAAUCACUAGAUGUGGAAGAUCUGGUUCCCCAUUCCUUUGGAGUCAAGUUUCCCACUGUGAUUUGGUGGCAAUUUUCCCUGGUGCAAUGCAUUCAGGCACAUAUGUAGACAUGAAUGCUAGACAUUGUGCACUGAUGUCAAGAAGUUGUGGCUCAGCUGCAGUGGAACAAUCUAUAAGCUACUCAGCACUUGCAGGAACUGCUCGGUGUAAAUAUAAUAGACAAUGCAUACCUUAAACAGGAAUCCUAAUGUCAGUCAAUCACACCAAUGCACAUGGCAGUAAGGCAAUUUAUCUAGAGUAGACAAAACCUCAAAGGUUUGUGAGUGCUUAAAAGAUUUUUUUUUCCCCCCAAGAGCCAUGCAGUGUUUCACUGCUGGACUCACUGUUGUGUUCUCCAGAGAGUGAAAAUCAUUUUGUUGAUUUCAAUGCUGAGUAAACAGAAGAAAGUUUUUGACUUUUCCCUAAAUAAUACUCAUGGCUUCUGGAUCUAUUAAGUGGUCACUGAAGUCAGUGGAAAAAACAGAUGCUGACUGCAGCAUAUAUUCCACUAGAACUAUCUAUUAUGUUGCACAAGGAAUAAAUUCAACUGUGUCUCAGAUAAAAUUUCAUUAAUAUACACUAUACAUUAAUAUACAAUAAUAUAACACUAAUAUAUUAUAAUCAUGCAUUUAUUUCUGGUAAUGUAAUCACCUAACUAAAUUACAGAACAUACUCUCUAGGAAAUAAGUUGAUAAAAGCACUACAACUCAACAUGAAGUUCAUACAAAGCAUAUUAAUGUCAGAAAAAAGUCUCUUUGACCUCUGGGAAUUUUAGAACUAUUCUAUAGUUAAAGCUCAAAUUAUGUUCAUAUGCAUAUGAACAUAUGCAUAUGUUCCUAUUUACCAUCUACACUUCUAAUUUUUCUAAGACUUUUUAAUGCUUUAAUGUAUGGGGCAAAAGGCAGUAUGGAAAGCUGCAAUGGUAAUUUUUGUAAAGUUUUAGAUUUGAGAUAUAAAAGACAAAAAUUACAUUUGAAUUUGUUGAAAACUUAUCAGUCAGCUCUGCAUCUAUAAAUUUACAUAGAAAAAGAGAUAACAAUUUCUGGAUCCUAUUCUUUCCUAAACUCUUAUUUCACCUGUACAAAAAUUGUAAACUCACAAUUUCAAAUUUGCACUGAUCUGUAAUGAGUGACAGUUAAACUUGUAUUUUCCAAGGUACAAAGCAUGUGAAAACCAAACCUUUAUUUCAAAAUAAGAAAUCAAAGCCACUGAGCCUUUUUGAAAAUGUAACUUCUAACACUUUACAAUGUAGAAGAUAUUUAUCCAAUGUAUCUAAAAGCUGACUGUGAAAUACAAAGGGUAUUUUGCAAUUUGUUUUGAAAACAGUACUGAUAUUCUGUAACUUUUACUUUGCAGAUAUAAUAAUUAUUAAUGUUAACGAAAAUAUUUUAUGUUCUUCAAAAGCUGUGCCUUAACAGAAAUACUAUGUACUAGUUGCUGCACAACAAUUUGAUGUAAGUACUCUGUACAAUGUAACCUCAUGUACAUCUAGUACUCUGACCAUAUUUGUAACUUGUUAGAAUAAAACUUGUAAAAGUGUUAAUAUAAUCAAUACAGAAUAAAUAGAAAAAAUGUUUUAAUUCCA